AUGAGGCACACUCGCGACGAAAUGACCACUUUGAAGAUCCUCGGCAUGAUCCUCAAUCUCAGUACUCGCAACAACGUGAGCCAUCAGUUGGUCCUUCUGGCGGAGCUCACUAUCCAUCAAUCACAGCCGGCCACUUACCGGUCUACCAUCCCAAUCCCCCAAGAAUCGCGUCGUCAAAAUCCUUUUGACGUCGACAUGGAGGUUCAUACCUCAACAACCAAUGCCCAAACCAGUGACCCUCUUGACAUGAAAGAACUGCGUGGUUCUGUCGAGGAAAUACUCAGAGCCCUCGGAAGAGAGAAAAUGCAGCUCUUGGCUACAGUGAACACAAAUGUUCCUGAGCAGACCCCAGUGGUGCCAGCGCAGUCCCUUCCACAGGCACUCCUGGUAGAGCCGAUCAAACACAGUGUUGAUCAGGAGACCAACUACCCACUGUUACCUUCUGGUGUGCCACCAACACUUUACCCUUCCCCUGUUAUCCCAUAUUCUGCGAUGCUCGGAACAAAAGUACCCCCCUCCGAUCCAGGCGUUCCUUUCCUUCCACCAGUCCCCUGCGCCCCCAAUCGCCCCAAUGUCUGGCCCUUUGAUUUCUCUCCAGUCAAGGUUCACGAGAGGGGUUCAUAUCGUCUGAAGCAUUUCCCCAACUGUGUUUGUGGUAUAUGCCGUGAACCACAUCCUACGGCAAUCCACGAUCUUGCAAUUCAUAUGUACGAAGGUUGGAGAGACAAAACUUCUGACGCGACAAACCCUUGUUCAAAAUGCUCCAAGAAAGGACACACCGCAGCAGGCUGUGGCUUCGGCGAAUUCCGCGACUGGCCCGACAAUCCAGAUAUGCCAGAAGCAUAUAAGGCAUUCGCGCGAUCAUGGUCACGUAGAACUGUCUGGGUUCCUUUUCCUCAGCAUUACUAUAUGCCAUCGAAGUAUCCGCUCCCUAGUGACGGGUACCCCCCACUUCCUUCCUUCUUUCCCGAUGGAAUUCCUCGUUCUCUUGUAUCUCAGUCAAAGGGCCUGCAUUGGUCUCUUCAACAUCUGGUGGCGUACUACAGCCAAAAGAACAAACCCCCAUAUGAUCCAGCAAGACACCAUCCUUGGGAUCCAUGGAGAGGCUUUGGUUCCUGCAAGCCUGCCGCCAAUAAUCCUCCUUCGGCUACUGGGCAAACCGGGCUCCGAGGAGGACCCAGCAAGGAGACUGCCGGCCAGAAGAGAAGACAAAAUUCUGAAACCAAUCCCUUGACAUCAAAUAUGAACAAGUAUUCUACUGGUGCACCAGCCCGGAAAGAUUCUCACGCACCUACAGCCAAGUACGAUACAUACUGCUUGCAUUGCCAUACAUUUGGCCACUACCAUGAUGCCCAAUGUGCUCCAACAACAGAGCCUCCACAAGAAUUCCAGACUCUUUGGAGUCGAUAUUUCGAUAAGGGCCGGAUGCGCAAAACCAACCGCCCGGAGACGCUGGUUGACGUCAAAGACGAGUUCCAUGUAUCGAUGCAGUGGCCAAACCCAACCACGAAAGCAUACAUUGAAGAGCGUGACGACCAGCUCAACAAGGUUGAUGCAUAUCUCCGCGAUCAACUAUCCCAGGAUGUCUACAACGCUUGGAGACGAUUCAUGCCCCAAUGUGCUGGAUCGACUAGGCUGUUUCUCAAAGCCUUUCGUGAUAUCAUCCAUGAGUACAACACGAUAAGCUUCUGCAAACCGAUAGCAAAGCUCAUGAGUGAUGACCGCAUCAGCUCAACUGAUCCCUCAAAAGUCAUGUUCGACCGAGAAGAGUAUCUGCACUCGAUCUCCAAUGACAAAAACAAAAUCCGCAUUCUCGACUUUGCCCCUGUCGAUAAUACUUUCAAACGACUGAGUACUCUGCUGCGAGAUUUUCUUGCUCAUCAAGAAGUCCUUGCCGCAUUACUGGGCAGACUUAUGAAGGCUAACGUGGAAGCCCGGAGGACCCAAGCAAUCAGAAAAAGCUUCAUGAGCCCAGGUUACUUCAUGAUUAUUCGACGGGGAUCCAAAGAAUUUCAACUUUGA